AUGACCGGGCCAAGCCCCAUAGGGCCCAAGAAGAUGGAGGUGCAGAUGGACUCCAAGGAUACACAGUGGUGUGCCGCCUUUACCCGCGCACGCUUAGAGGCAUGUGAGUUGCUCCUACCCAAUUGGCGGCCGCUCGCGGAGCUCUCCUCGCACCGGGCGAUCUUGCAGGGCUUCCACACGCAACCCUGCGUGGAGUUUCAGAAAGGCUACUGUGCGUUGCACCGCGUCCGGGGCAAGACCUCCUUAUGCUUUUGCUUCCACUUCGACUCCCAGCGUCGGCGCCCGCCGGUGACGCCCGGGGGCCGCCUCAGGUAUUGGGACAUGGCGUGUCAAAGCAUGACUUCAGCGUCAGUAUGUCCGGAUGGAGAUGAUUGCGUCUUCGCACAUAGCCGUGACGAGAUCUCCUACCAUCCGGCUAAGUACAAGACCCGAAGGUGCAACGGCAAAGGCUGCCGUGGUCAGGAGAUCUGCUGCUUUGCUCAUGAAGAGGAUGAGCUGCGGGCGUGGGCACCAGAGACGUAUUCGUACUGGCUACUGGUCUAUGGAGGUACUGGCGAGGUGGAAGAUCCACAGAGGUCCUUGGCUCGACGGAAGGUGCGCUUUUGCGCCUCCUUCCCCAACGUCAGCCAGUGCCGCCGUGGGGCCUCGUGUGAGUUCGCGCACUCCAGAGAGGAGGCACAGACCGAACUGCUGUCUGAGGCACAGGAACAACAGGCUCCAGAAGAGCUCACGGAGGACUUCUUCAUGUACCAGUACAAGACCUUGUGGUGCCCAAUCGGCGUUCAGCAUGACUGGCAGAAUUGCGUCUAUGCCCACAACUAUCAGGAUGCCCGCCGCAAGCUUUCCAUCGGCUAUGGGCCGCAGCCGUGCCCUCACUGGGCCAAGAAGGACCCAAGCCUGGACUACGAGCAGCGUUGUCCACAGGGCUUGCGCUGCCCCUACGCGCACGGCGCGAAAGAGCAGCUCUACCAUCCGCGAUACUUCAGGACGGUGGUUUGCCGGGACCUCCGAUCCAAGGCCUGUCCCCGCGAUCGCCUCUGUGCCUUCUUCCACCGCCGUGCCGAGCGCCGCCGGCCGCCGCCCGACGAUACCGACUACACCAGGCCACUGCCGAACGAGGCGAUCUGCGAGGAGUGGCGCGCCAACUUUCAACGACCUCCCUUCAGCGACCUCGCGCCCACGGGGCGACUGGAGGCGAAGCCCUUGCCAGCGGGUAGCGUGCCACCAGGUUCGCUUCACUCGCUUCGACUCUGUCGUCUCACUCUCCAUCCGUCCGAUCUGGUUCUCCACACGCAUCGCCUCUGUCCGGAGCCAGAAACUGGGCUGAACUAUUUGCAGGACUUUACCAUGGCACCCUUUAUGCGAAACUGGCAUGCUUUGAGAGCCGCCUUUGACGACGCCCGCUGGCCGAGCUGGCCCGGGGCGGGGCGGAGGACCCUGCGCGCACGCUCUGAUGGGUCGCAUCUGAGUGAAGAGAGCUUCGUUCGAGGGCAGGACCGCCCCACGCACCGCAUGACAUUGCCGUUGCCCGCGUGCAGUGGGGACUCGACCGCGCUGGAAAUGGCCGUUCUCACUGAGGGGCGAGGCACCCGAGUGGCGCCAACACCGGAGGGUGUGAGACUUAAGAGGCACAGCUGGGCCGGCAGUCUGAAGAAUUGGAUCGGAUUUGAGGACAGCAGAGAAAGUGAAUCUGUCUCUGGAGACUUCGACAUGCCGGUGGAGCUCAACGAGGCUGGCAAGAAGAAGGCUGAGAAGAAGGGCGGCAUUUUUGAUGUCGGGAACUUGAUCUUCCUGGCCAUCGCCGCUGCCAUAGGAUACUGCCGGUACAACCAGAUCAACAUCCCCAUUUUGGAUGACUUCAUCCGAAAGGCCCUCUACGGGGACGCUGGAGGUGGUGGCGGUGUGGGUGAUGAAGUGGCCAAUAGCAUGGCGGACGCGCGUGCAGGCAAGCCCAUCGCAGUCAGCGACGUGUUGGGGCAGAUGAACCGCUACUGCCGCCGAGGGAAGUGCAAUGACGACUACUGGGAGGCCUUGCCGGACGUGGCCAAGGCCCUGAAGAUGGGCCCUGGAACCUGGGAUCGGAAGCCGCUGAAGAAGGACAAGGCAAGAGAUCUAGAUGAACUUUUAACGAAAGUGGCGCAGCAACCACAAGCAAGGAGCGAGGCGGUUUGGAGCGCGCUGCGGAUCGUCUCGAAGGAACUCCUGGAUGUGACGCCCAAGUCCAUGAAGGAGUCGUUAGCCUCACGCGUGGCGCUGAAGAGCUCCAAACCUCCUGAGGGUUCCGUGACCCCGGAGCCCGAAAAAGAGGAGGAGGCGCCAUGGCAGAGGUCAUGGUUGACGAUCUCUGAGAACGCUUGGCAUGUCCCGGACAAAGGCAACUGGUUGACCUGUACAUAUGCCACGGACCAGUCGGAAGCGACCGGGGAAAAGAGCACUGACUGCUCACAGUCACCAGCAGUUGCGGUGGUCCAAGCAGAAAAGGAGUGGGGCGGCGGAGAUUCGUCCUCUGACUCAUCGUCCUCCGAGUUGGCAGGUGUUGAAGGGAGUGGCAGGUGUUGAGGGUUUUCCAGCAGAAAUGUAGAGCAACAUUUCAAACGUAUGAAUUCACCAUUUGUGCAGUCUGGUGGUAGAUCUUCAAGAAUACAAGCACUUGCUUAGUAGGUAGCCACAUUCCCUUCUGACCUUUGCCAGCCUUCGGUCUCGGACAUAGACAGCAAGUCACGCCCAGCUCAGGGGGGAUCCUCCCGUCAGGUGUACGCCCCGCCGGUCUCGGUCCCAAAGCCCGAACCGAUCGGAGCAGCGGUGACGCUUCACCCCUCGGGAAUAGCGCACGAGCACCUCGUGCACGAAGACCUGGAACCAAGUAGUAACAAGUGCCACGCUAGUAGGAACAAGUGCCUUACUAGUGGUAACAAAAAGCUAUUAGUAACAAGUGCCACGCUACUAGUAACAGGUGCCUUACUAGUAGUAACAAGAAGCUAUUUGAAUUAAAAUAGAGUUACAUUGAGGUGAUUGGAAGUGUUUUGCGCCACGCCUGCGCCGGCCUCUUUGGUUGCUUGCAGCUUGUGGCGCGAACGUCGCCA